AUGGGUUCCAUCGACAUAGAUCAAUGCGCAGACCUGAAAUCGAUCGCCCUCGACAAGCUGUUGGCCGGCCACACGGACACAGCGAAAGACCUUGUGCAAGCUUGCAAGGAGAAAGGAUUCUUCUACCUGGACUUCCGCGGCUCGUCGACUUCUCGCGCUCUCCACCAAGCUGAUGAAUUGGCGGUUGUUGGAAAUGAAGUUUUCAAGCUUCCAAUCGAAGAGAAGGAGGUCUACAGCACCGAGAAGUACCUGCCCUCGCGGCUGCUGGGCUACAAACGAGCAGGAUGCUCAGUAGGGCCUUUCACGGAAAAGAAGGAUGGCUACGAAAGCUUUUCGAUCCAUAACAACGGUAUAUUUGGCUCGGACGCCCUGAUCGUCCCUCAAGCUAUUGGAGAGAAACUUCCGCUGGUGACGGCUUUUAUGGCAGACAUUCAUGGAUAUACCGACUGCAUUCUCUCCACCCUCUCACGCGGGAUCAAUCUCGGCAGAGAUUUGAAAGACUGCCAUCGUAAGGACCAGCCGUCAUCCGCAAAUAUGGCCAUGCUGAAGUACCUGCCAUGGGGCAGCGAUGACAACAGAAUUGGGAACAUGGCUCAUACAGACAUGGGAACAUUGACGGUCGUCUUCUCCAAAGUGCCUGGACUGCAAGCGUUGCUGCCUGGUGCCGAGGGUUGGUCUUUCAUCCCACCCCGCGAGGGCCAUGCUGUUGUCAACGUGGGCGACUCGUUGCGUUUCCUGUCCGGGGGUGUGUUGACUUCGUCAUUGCACCGUGUCGUCCCACCAACGGGUUCGGUUGCAAAGGACAAGUUCUCAGUCAUCUACUUCCUGCGCCCGGAGUUUGACGCCAAAUUUACCACUCAUGAUGGCAAACAGAUGAACAGCGUUGAAUGGCAUAAUCAGAAGUAUGCUUUGUUUCGGGAGGCCAGCCUGGAUGCCUCGCAGCACGGAGCAAUGCUCACGGGCCGGUCGGGAUAUCUAGGAGCAACGGGCAGCUGA